AUGGAAAGCACAGUAGAGAAGAACCAAGUAUUUCCAAUAUCCCUGCUGUCUGUCAAAAUUCUGAAAGCCAGUAUCACCACCUCUUGUGAUCUAUUGUCUUCUUCUGAUUGCUAUGUAACUUUGCAUCUGCCGACAGCAUCACAGGAGACAUUCAGAACCCAAACUGUCAGGAAUUCUUAUUACCCAGUCUGGAAUGAAACAUUUUAUUUUAGGAUCCAAACCAAAAUCAAGAAUAUCAUAGAGCUGAAAGUUUGCCAUGCUGAUUCAGUCAUCAAAGAUGAUAUACAAUUUAUUGUUCUUUUUGAUUUGGCAAAACUCCAGCCCGGAAGUCCAGUCCUUGAGAAAUUCUCCUUAAAACCAGAGAAACAAGAACAUCCUUAUCGUUAUGACUCUCUAGAAGUGGAAUUCAGGCUGUCAGAUGUGCUAGGCCCUCCUGAGCAACUGAUUUCCAAUGGUGUCAUAGUGGCCCGUGAACUUUCCAUUUUGGAUGUAAAAGUGAACAAGGAGGAAAAUGAGAAGGUUUUGCGAGCCAAUAAAAAUGUAGUCCUUUCAGUGCCAGAAUCUCAUGAAGGAACACAGAAGACAAGCAAAAAUUUAAAUUCCUUCCGCUUUCAUUGCAUAAAAAGCUGGGGACCAGUAUUAAAAGCCAAGAUUCAGAACAUUUUAUCUAAUGAGGACAGUGAUUCUGAUUAUUCCUUAAUUCUGCCUUUGAAACUGCUUCCAGUUGGAUGCCAAGUCAAAGUUGAACUACCAAUGAAGGAGGGAAGUGUCUUGGAGCUGUAUCUCCAGGUAAUUGACUGGUCACAGAAUCUUGAUGUGCGUUUGGGUUAUGAGCUUUGUCCUGAUGAGCAGGAUUUCCUGCGCAAGAGGAAAAAGGUCGUUGCUGAUGCCCUGUAUAGGCUUUUAAAUCUAGGAGAGGAGUUACAAGAGGAUGAGGUUCCAGUGAUAGGUCUUAUAGCAACUGGAGGUGGGAUCAGAGCCAUGUCAGGAUUGUAUGCUCAUCUCUCAGCCUUGCAGAAACUGAACCUUUUGGAUUGCAUUACAUAUAUCACCACUGCUUCUGGAUCAACAUGGACAAUGACAGACUUGUACCAACAUAUUGAAUGGUCACAUCAAAGUUUGGAAGGACAUAUCAAACAAAUGAAAAGACAGUUACUGAAAAACAAAGAUGAUGUUAUUUCUAUCGAAAGAUUGAAGUAUUAUCACAAGGAGCUAACUGAGCGGAUCAAAAAUGGGCAUCUUUCAUCUUUUACGGAACUCUGGGCCCUUAUUCAAGAAGCUUGUUUCCAUGACAAAGUAAAUCCCAGUAAGCUCUCAGAACAGCGACAGGCUUUGAAUCAGGGGCAGAACCCCUUUCCUAUCUACACAGUCAUAAAUGUCAAAGAUGAUAUCUCCACUUUUGACUUCAGAGAAUGGGUGGAGUUCAAUCCUUAUGAAGUGGGGUUGCUAAAAUAUGGUGCACAGAUUCGCUCCGAAGAUUUUGAUAGUGAAUUCUUCAUGGGAAGGCUGGUGAAGAGGAACCCAGAAUCCCGGAUUUGCUAUCUGGAAGGUAUCUGGACUAACAUUUUCUCUCCAAAUCUGCUGGAUUGUUUGUAUUGGACUUCAACACCAGAAGAAUUCUGGAAACGAUGGAGGGAAAACAUGGCAAAAAAGUAUGAGGAGGAUUAUUCAUAUGCCACAGUCUACAAACCUCCAAGCUCUGGAUAUGGAAAGCUCUGUGAAAUCUUCAAUGACAUUUUAAUUGAUCGUCCUUUAAAGGGGGAAAGUUAUAACUUCCUGCGAGGCUUUGAUUUUGAUAAAGAUUAUUUGCAUCAGAAAGAAUUUACGAAAUGGGAUGAUACCAUACUUGAUGCUUCUUGUUGCAAGUUGACACCAAACACGAAAUCCCUCUGUUUAAUAGAUAUAGGAUAUUUUAUGAACAGCAGUGGCCUACCACUUCUCAAGCCAGAAAGGAAUGUGGAUGUCAUUAUUCUUCUGGAUUAUGAGCUGGGUGGAAUGUUAAAGCAAACAGAGAAGAUGGCCAAAUACUGUGAAGUCCAAGGUAUCCCCUUUCCAAAGGUUCAAAUUAGUGAGGAAGAGCAAAAGAAUAUGAAGGAGUACUACAUUUUCUCAGAUGAAGACAACCCCAAAGCACCAAUAUUGCUUUGUUUUCCACUAGUCAGUUGUACCUUCAAAGAAUACUCAGCACCAGGGGUCAAACGCCCCCUUUCAGAAAGGAAUGAAGGUGAACUCAAUCUGGACAAGGACGCCUCACCUUACAAAACCACACAUGUAACAUAUUCUGAAGAAGACCUUGAAAAACUACUAAAUUUAUGCCAUUACAAUAUUCUUUAUAGCAAAGACUUCAUCCUCCAAGCCAUUCAACGUGCUAUACAGAAAAAGAGACAUAGUUGGUCCAGAAAUGAUAAAGAAUGA